AUGGCAUCCCUACCUAUUAAAGAAAAAGUGGUCCUUGUUGCUCACAGCUUAGGCGGUUUGGCUAUCUCCCAAGCCAUGGAAAUGUUCUCUCAGAAGAUUUCUGUAGCGGUUUUUGUCACUGCCACAAUGCCUGGACCAACACUCAACGUUUCCCUUCUCAUCCGAAAGAUGAUUAUUAGGACAGAUUAUGCAUUGAAUGAUCAAGAUUCCCAAAUGGACAACAGUUGUACAUACGAUGAUGAUGGCCUUCCAACCAUCUUCACUUUUGGUCCAAUGUUCCUUUGUUCCGAAGUCUGCCAACUCAGCCCACCUCAGGUGAAACAUGAGUUGUUGGAGAAAUGGAAGUCGAUGAGUGAUGCUGAGAAGGAAUCAAUCGAAGAGGCAAUUGAGAGCCUUAAGAGGGAAGUGGGUGGAAAAAUUGAUGGAGUGGUGAAAGAAGUGGUGAAAUUGAGGAGUUUAUUUAAGGGGGUGAUGGGAGGGGUUGAGAAAAAAGUUGGAUGA